CAAAACAGUGUCCCCCACUUCCACUUCACAUUUGCACUAAACUCACACCCCCAAAGCUAAAAUUCACACUUUUCCUCUGAGCCCUUGCGCUAAUGGCGCUCUCCCUCCCCAUCCUCGUUCUCCUCUCCUCCCUCUACCUCAUCGCCUUCGUCCUCGCCAUCGGCGCCGAGCGCCGCCGCAACUCUGGGGAGGUGGUGCCGGACGAGUACGAUGAGAGGACGUUCUGCGUCUACGGGUCUAGCGCAUCGACGGUGUACGGCUUGUCGGCGUUCGCGGCGCUGCUGGUGAGCCAGGUCGUGGUGUGCGGCGUCACCCGCUGCCUUUGCCCUCGCCGUGGCAUCACCUCCGGCGGCGGCGGCGGAGCUGGUGGUGGGGCACGCGCGUGCGCCGUUUGCUCCUUUGUUUUCUCUUGGUUGAGUUUUCUUGGAGCAGAGGCCUGUCUCUUAGCAGGAUCAGCAAGGAAUGCAUAUCAUACGAAAUACGUAGGUUACUAUCUGAAAAAGGACUUGACCUCAUGCGCUGCCCUCCGAAAAGGCGUCUUUGCCGCUGCAGCUGCAUUGAUAAUGAUCUCAAUGGCGACAUCGCUGUUAACAUAUUGGAGCCACUCAAGAGCUGACACGGGCGGAUGGAUGAAGCACGAGAAUGAUGUUGGCGUAAACAUGGCUGAUCAUGGUGCGCAUAAUGUCGAAUUUUCAAGCACCAAAGCUUGAACAUGUCUUAUGUAUAAUGUUGGUAUGUUGUUUCCAUGCAUGAGCCUGAAAUGAGAGUUGUUUCUCUCAUUCAAAAGUUAAGCCAUUGUGGGUUAUAUGUGUAAAAGAUCUCUUUGGUAUUUCUUACAAAAGAGCACCACUUAUAACUUAUUCUAGUUAUAUGAAUACAUGGUUGGGUUUUUCGCAUA